AUGACUGAAAGUAUUGAAGAUACAUCAUUAUCAAAUAAUGAUGAUGAAACAUUAAUUGAUGAGAAUGAAUUAAAUCAAUUUACAGCAACAUUAGAUCAAUUAACGCCUGUGAUACCAGAUACAGUUACAAAAUUUUAUAUGAGACAAUGUGGAUUACAAACUGAUGAUGAACGAGUUGUUAAAUUACUUUCAGUCUCUGUACAAAAAUUUAUGUCUGAUAUUGUUAAUGAUUGUUAUCAAUUACAUAAACUACGUGAAAAAUCCACUAACCGACCAGCAACAGCAGCAGCACUACCUACUACUACUACUGCGACUACUCAAGCUGCAGUAACAGAACCAGCAGUAACUGCAGCAGCGACAACAACAACAACAACUACCACCACAGAUUCAUCAGCAAAUGCAGCUAGUGCGAAAAAACCAGUAACAUCUACAAAUCAAACAUUAACACUUAAUGAUUUAUCACAUGUUCUUGGAGAGUAUGGAAUUAAUGUUAAAAAGACAUUUUAUUAUACAUAA